AUGUCUUCUGACGAUGCAAAUGCUCCUCAUGUUCGCAGUCGUGGCCCACGUCACGCUGCGGCUCCUGGCGCACGCUUCUACAGACCUCGGUUUCAUGGACGCGAUGUCAAAGCUGGAUUAUACUUCGAGGAUCCAGUUGCAACUAUUCUAGUACCGUCCCUAGAGGGAGCACCCAGUACUACGAAGCAAGAGGUCGAUGUCAAAAAUGUGGAGUAUGUCGCGUCGUAUAACUGGACGAAUGCUUCGAAGGCUACCAUGAUUGUUCCAGGUUCUCCUCCGGUCUGGAGUGAGCCAUCAGAAGCGCUCACACUGUCCCCAGAUGAAGGCUAUCGUUACGUCGAUCAAGAUGCUUUUAGGAUGAAGGCAAAUCCACUCCUCCCAAUCAUGGUGGCCGCCGAUGUCGUGGGAAAGAAAAUCGACUGGCGGGACAUCGACUUCAUCGGCGAUCGAACUUCACUGCUCACGCUCCUUGGGUGGAUCCAGGGCGAAGACCAUCCAAAGUAUUUCAGGAUAGACAUGGAGUUGGCUGGGGACCACACGAUCAUGCUGAACAGAUGGGAGUCGAGGGAUAAGCAGAAAAUGAGUGGCAAGACCUAUGGCUUCCACUUCGAACGUGCUACCACGAGGCCAAUGGUCCAAUGCGAAGACAGCGCAGCCCAUCUCCGUGUGGUUCGAUAUGCUUUCUGCGGAUUCAAAAUUAUGGUGCGCUUUGAGGUGGAUGCUUGUCUCCCGUCUGCGUCGAAGACCGCAAAACCUUCUUCUGUGGAGGGGCUAGCCGACGCGAUCGCGGACCUCACGACAAAGGAGACCCAGUCAGGGAUGAAGAGUCCAUCGGCACUCAUUGAAGUCAUCCACGGCGGCAUUGAAACAUCGCAGGGCGCUCUCGUAGAACUGACUUCGCGGUCCCAGAAGACAAUGCAGAGAAUCAACUGGAUGAAGCUCUUUUCCCAGCUCUACCUCAGUGGCACCCCUCAUCUGUUCAUCGGCGUUCACAGUGGCGGUGUAUUUGAACAGACCAUCAAUAAGCACAGUCUAAACGAUACGGAGAUGACUUCGCACAAAAAGAAUGCUGAGGAAAGUUUGCGGAAGCUGGGGUCACUUCUGGAAACCAUAAAAGGUGUGGUUCUCGAACAUGGAAAACAAGGACGCCUGAGCUUGGUAGGCAUGGCCAAAGACGUGAAAAUUUAUAAACGAAAAAGUAAGGACAGUUGUCUUCCAGCGGAGGUGAUGAAGCGAUUUCAGGUAGAGCAAAAAUGA